GGUACUAUAGUCUAUAUAUACAAGACUUCUUUUUCUUCAUUCAAAUUAUUUUUCUCUUUCUUCUUCUUCUUGCUUCUUCUUCUUCCUUAACAUCAUGAAGAACCAAAACCAAAAUUCCAUAACAAUGGCUAUAAAAUUAUUUAAUACUCCAUUAAACAUAUUAAAUCUUCUUUCUUCAUUUUUCUUCUUUGCAUGUGGUUUAACAUGUGGUAUUAUUUUAACUUUUUAUUUCAACAAUUUUAAUCUAAAUUUACAAGUUAUUAAUAGCCAAAUUUUGAACUAUUCUUCAUCUAUUUCAUCACAACUAUCACCACCAGCAGUACCAGUACCGAUGAUUCAUCGAUUAGGGUUUACUGAUUAUAUUAAACCAUAUAAUAUACAACAUGAUAUGAAUGAUGAUGAGUUGUUAUGGAGAAGUUCAAUGGUGCCAAAAGUUAAAAAAUUUCCAUUUAAAAGAGUGCCAAAAAUUGCUUUUAUGUUUUUAACUAAAGGGCCAAUUUUAUUAUCACCACUUUGGGAGAUGUUUUUUAAAGGAUAUGAAGAGUUUUAUUCAAUUUACAUUCAUUCAAAUCCUUGUUAUAAUCAAAGUGAAGUUGUUGAAAGUCCUAUUUUUCAUGGAAGAAGAAUUCCUAGCAAGGAAGUUCAAUGGGGCAAAGUAAACAUGGUUGAGGCUGAAAAAAGAGUAUUAGCAAAUGCUCUUCUUGAUAUCUCAAAUCAAAAAUUUGUUCUUCUCUCAGAAGCAUGCAUUCCCUUGUUCAAUUUCUCAACAGUCUACAAUUACCUAAUGAACUCCACGAAAAAUUUCGUGGAGUCAUAUGAUCUUCCCGGCCCGGUGGGCCGAGGCAGGUAUCAGAGCAAAAUGAGCCCGACCAUCAAGGUUGAGCAGUGGAGGAAAGGGUCUCAGUGGUUUGAAAUCGACAGGGAUCUCGCGGUCGAGGUAGUGUCUGACGAGACAUACUUUCCCGUGUUCCAGAAACACUGCAUGGGGUCGUGUUACGCUGACGAGCACUACUUGCCAACAUUCGUGAACAUGAAGUUCAAGGAGAGGAACUCGGGCCGGAGCCUGACUUGGGUCAACUGGGCGAAGGGCGGGCCUCACCCGGCCCAAUAUUACAGGACAGAUGUAACCUUGGAGUUCCUGGAAAAGCUGAGGAGUGAGAGUAAUUGCGAGUACAAUGGUAAGAAGACAAGUGUUUGUCAUUUGUUUGCAAGGAAAUUUACUCAACAUUCUUUAAGUAGAUUAUUGAGAUUUGCACCAAAGGUUAUGCAAUUUAAUCAUUAAUUAGGAUUAAUUAACACAAAUUAAUGUACAUGAAAAAAAAAUCAAUUAUUUUAUACUGACCUUAAUUUGAUCACAUGAUCAAUGGGUCAUUUAUUGAUUCAUUCUUUGAUUUUGAUGUUUUCUUUCCCAUCAAUUCAAUAAAGUCUUGAGGGGGAAAAAAAAUAAAAACAUUAUGUAUACAUAACAAUUUUAAUUUUUCUAUAGAAGAUUAUUUUUUUUUCUCC